AUGGCUGAUCGGAACCAGGGAGAGAGUCCACAGCAACACAUGGGUAAGCAGAGGACGAGCUGCAGUGUGGAGCAGGAGGAACAUGAAGCUCCACACAUUAAAGAGGGGGAGGAACUUGUUGGGGCGACUGUUACUGAUGGUGAAGGAGACGAUUCCCACCACUCUUACGAGGAGGAGAUCGGUCGUCAACGCAGAAUGCUGCAAAUCAACUGGAAUCCCCAGAUCAAGUUGCACAGAACAGAGAAGCAGGCUGAAUGUGAAGAAACGUGUGAGAAAACUGACUAUAAAGAGCAUCAGUUAUGUCAGAAGGUCAGAAAGGUCACUGAUGAGAAGAUAGUUUAUGAAACAUGUGGCAAAAGUUUCGGGCAACCGGUCCACAAGAGAAGUCACACACGUGAAAAGCCUCAUUCUUGUGAAACAUGUGGCAAAAAGUUCAGUCGACAGGCUAAUUUGUUGCGCCACAUGAGAAUUCACACAGGUGAGAAGCCUCAUUCUUGUCAAACUUGUGGCAAAAGGUUCAGUCGACAGAGUCAUUUGAAGGUUCACAUGACAAUUCACACAGGUGAGAAACUUCAUUCUUGUGAAACAUGUGGCAAAAAGUUCAGUCGACAGAGUAAUUUGUUGCGCCACAUGAGAACUCACACAGGUGAGAAGCCUCAUUCUUGUCAAACAUGUGGCAAAAGGUUCAGUCAAUGGUGUUAUUUGAAGGCCCACAAGCGAAUUCACACAGGUGAGAAGCUUCAUUCUUGUGAAACUUGUGGCAAAAGGUUCAGUCGACAGAGUGCUUUGAAGAUCCACAUGGCAAUUCACACAGGUGAAAAGCCUCAUUCUUGUGAAACAUGUGGCAAAAGUUUCAGUCAACUGUUUCAUUUGAAUUCCCACAUGAGAAGUCACACAGGUGAGAAGCCUCAUUCUUGUGAAACAUGUGGCAGAAGGUUCAGUCAACAGAAUAAUUUGUUGCGCCACAUGAGAAUUCACACAGGUGAGAAGCCUCAUUCUUGUGAUACUUGUGGCAAAAGUUUCAGUCAACAAUGUUCUUUGAAGAUCCACAUGAAAAUUCACACAGGUGAAAAGCCUCAUUCUUGUGAAACAUGUGGCAAAAAGUUCAGUCGACAGAGUGCUUUGAGGAUCCACAUGAGAAUUCACACGGGGGAGAAGCCUCAUUCUUGUGAAACAUGUGGCAAAAGGUUCAGUCAACGGCGUGAUUUGAAAGUUCACAUGGGAACUCACACAGGUGAGAAGCCUUAUUCUUGUGAAACAUGUGGCCAAAGGUUCAGUGAUCAGGCUAAUUUGUUGCGCCACUUCAAGAUUCACACAGGUGAGAAGCCUUUUUCUUGUGGAACAUGUGGUAAAAGUUUCGUCCGACAGAGUCAUUUGUUGUGCCACAUGAGAAUUCACACCGGUGAGAAGCCUCAUUCUUGUGAAACAUGUGGCUAAAGUUUCAUUCAUCAGAGUCAUUUGAAGGUUCACAUGACAACUCACACGCGAGAAGCCUUAUUCUUGUGAAACAUGGAAAAAGUUUCAGUCGACAGAGUAAUUUGUUGGUCCACAUUGAAACUCAGACAGGUGAAAAGUCCUAUUCUUGUGAAACGUGGGAAAAG